UACUUGAGCAAUAAUAUUCCUAAUUUUAUGUAUUUUGCCGUUUCCUUUGUAAUUUAUAAAUUGUUUUGUAUUUAUUUAUUUUGUAUUUAUUGGUUAUCCGUCUAAAAUAACUUAAAUAUUUUCAUUUUGACUCCAAAUGUUUUGGUUAGCAAGCUUUUUUCUCUUCACACUCCUUCCGGUCGCUCAGUCGUUCUAUCUUGCUGACUCUAACCCAAUUUUAGCCUUUAGCAGUCAAGUCAGAGAGGGGCAUCUUUAUACAGAAAAUCACAGACGAGGGAUGUACCUACAGAUUAGCCAGGAUGGGAGUGUGUCCGGAAGUGAUGUUCAGACCCCUUACAGUGCACUGCAGCUGCAGUCAGUACAACCGGGCCACAUCGCCAUCAAAGGUCAGAGGUCAUCUCUUUUUCUGUGCACAGACAGCGGCGGAUCCCUGAGAGGGCAGAGUCAUUUCUCGGAAGAUGACUGCACCUUCCAAGAGCUGCUGCUGGCGGACGGAUACACCCGUUUCCUGUCCCCGCGCCACGGAUUCCCCUUGUCGCUGGCGUCCAGGCGUUCCCCAGAUCGACACCUUCCCUUCACACGAUUCCUUCCACUCAAGGAAAGCCUUCCAAAGGAGACCGCAUCAGUGCGGGCACCAAUAAGAGAGACCUACUUCAACUUGGACUCUGAUGACCUUCUUGGAAUGUCUCAGGGGUCCGUGCUCAGUCCUCAGUUUUCAGUAGAAAAGUGAAAGAAAGGAAGUAAAUGAACUGCAAUUACAGGUGAAUUCGGGCUAUCUAUUAAAUUUAAAUAUUAUUCUAUUUUAUUUAUUUAAGUGUGCUUUUUAAGUUUAUUUAUUAUAAACUCUUAUUAAAUGUGUCGACAGUGUUUGCAUCUGAGCAAUAAUCAUUUACAGAAUGUACAUUUGAGGCAUUUUGUCAGACUGGAAAAC